GUGUAUUGAGAGUGGGACUAUAGCAGUGGAGCGCGACGCUCGGCCCAGGUUCACACGUCACCCAACCGUGCACAGUGCUAGUACUAGCGCUCUACUGCAGACGUGCCCGUGUGCCGUACCGUUCUGGUGGUGAAUCGGUUUGUUUAUAUACAAGACUAGUAUACAAUCACAUCCUGGUCACAUGGAGCCGACACAGGGAUAGCAUGUCGACUAGAGGAGACUGGAAACGCUAGGAAUUCUGCGGCCAUUGCAUACGACAUGUCACGAGUACCGUUUUCACCCUGGAGGAAUUAAAUAUUCGCCAUCACUCAUCAGCAUGCUCAUCCAAGGAUUCAUCGCUCUCCUCAUCUCCGAGAUCAUCUGUCUCCUCUCCUGUGUCGUUUCACAGGACAUCUCACCAAAUGUGCCAACAAUCAACGUCCCUGGAUACUCUUACCUUGUUCCUUAUGGACGAUCAGUGAUGCUAGAAUGUCAUGUGACUGGAACUAGACCAAUCAAAGUCAAAUGGUGGACUCGUGGCAGACAUGUGACAGACGAUGACGUAUUUCACACCUCGCUGGUGACUACUAGUGACGAAAGAGACACACUGUUGCUAUGGAUACAUUCGUUAUCUGAAAAAGAGACCGGGACAUACAUAUGUAGUGGAUCAAACGCAUUUGGGGAGGUAACCGACAAGAUAUAUGUUAAUGGGUAUGAAGACGAGGGUGUUCCGGGAGAAGAGGAUGGUGACGUAGAGAUUGGGUACUUCACGGCAGAAAACAGUGCACGCAAAAGCUCAGCCGCUGGAGGUGUCGUGUACCUAGCUACAAUCGUCGCCACUCUCCACCUAACAACGACCAUAUUCUCAUCUGUCUUAUCAUGUCUCUGCAACGCCUUCUCAUAGUGUCAUUCAGUGCAUUCUGGAGUUUUGUUUUAUUUUUCUCCUUAUAUUGUUAUUUUGUUGUUAAGAAUUUCUAUAAAAUACAUUAAU